UUGACCAUCAUCUUUAUUUUAAAAUCUAUUUUAUUCCAGCCGCAUCCCCCAGUCUCAUCGCCUUCACUCCAUCCUACAUGUUCUGUAUCGCUCAACUGCCCGCUUUCUGUCUCUUCUCCCCUUGCUUUCGGGCUUUCAGGAUUAUCUGAAUCUACCAAGUUACCUCAUUCUUUUGGUUCCCAUUCUGUUACUGCCGGUAGAAAAACUGAGAUUUCAGAAGAGUUACACGCUAGGUCGCAGAAGGUUUUAGCAGAACAAUCAGAAUAUGAAAAAAAUUCGACACCACUUAAGCCAACCUUAGCAUCGGAAGAAGAUGGCAUUCGAGGGCAGCAACAAAGAAUUCUUUUGAAUGACCUGCAACAACAACAGCGCCAUCAAUUAGAGCAUGUGAUGCAGCAAACCCCACAACCGCAACAUCAGCAACAACUGCCGCUCUCUGACAUUUCCGUCGAUGAUCUGGCCUCAUAUAUGGAGCAUACUGUACACAUUCCUGGUCGUAUGUCUGACAUGGCUCAACGCAUAUGGAUUUAG